AUACAUACUGACCGUCUCUGCUUUUCCGGCCUAUUUGUUCCCUCCACUUUCACCUCCGUUUCUGCUCAAUACAAAACCCUAAAACCCCAAAUCGAAUUUGAAUUCUUCUAGUGUUGGUUAAUUUGUUCCUAAAAGCACCUUCACCACUUCUCUUUGAAAUUCUUGUGUGAACCUCCACUAGUAUCACUAAUAAUUAUCGCGCAAAAUGGUGGAAUUGGAGGAGAGCAAGUUCGACAUGCGCCUGGAACUAUGGGCACUUAGGAUUCCUCGCGAGCAUUGCAAGGCUGCCAUGAGAAUACUCCAUGGGCAUUUAUUGGAUAGGCCACGCGUAAAGCCUAUCACUGAGGAUCCAACAAAUGAAAAAACCCGGUUCAUGAUUUUCUCUGAAAAAGUCAAAAGACCAGACUUAUCUGAUAUUCCUGCUCAAAAGCUUGCUGAACUAAAAGGCCUGUGUCAGUUUGAAGUUGCUCCCUAUUUGCUGACACUUGGUUAUUCUUACUGGAGUGCAGACCAUAUAUUAAAGCAGAUUCUUCCCCCUGGCCUUGAAGUACCAUCAUCAUUUGAGACAAUAGGUCACAUUGCUCAUUUAAAUAUAACUGAUGAGCUUCUUCCUUACAAGGACGUAAUCGGCAAAGUUAUUUAUGAUAAAAACUACCCCAGGAUCCAGACAGUUGUGAAUAAAGUUGGAACAAUUACCAAUGAAUUUCGUGUGCCAAAAUUUGAGAUACUGGCUGGGAAAGAUGAUAUGGUCACAGAAGUGAAGCAAUAUGGUUCAACUUUCAAGCUUGAUUAUAGCUUGGUGUAUUGGAAUUCUAGAUUGGAACAUGAGCAUUUAAGGCUGGUCUCACAGUUCCAGGUAGGGGAGACCAUAUGUGAUAUGUUUGCUGGCAUUGGUCCUUUUGCUAUACCAGCAGCGCAGAAAGAAUGUGUAGUGUAUGCAAAUGAUUUGAACCCAGAUAGCAUUUGUUAUCUGAAAAUUAAUGCCGAAAUCAACAAGGUUGAUCAUCUAGUUUACCCAUACAAUCUGGAUGCAAGGAAAUUUAUUUCUCAACUCAUGGCCGUAUCCUGUAACGGAAGCAAUGCCGAAGCUGAUGCCGAUUUCUCUGAGAAACCCAGUAGCCAAGCAGAUGGAGAGACACUAUCUAAAGACUAUGAGGUCAAAGAAGUACAAGAGAAAACCUCAUGCAACAUUGCAGGACCUGAUGAUUCAUCUAUGGUGGCAGCUGUGAGUGUAACUUCCGUGAAAAGACGUUCUGAGAGUUCUCAAGAAGAGGGAGAAGGCAGAUCUGCUGUCAAUGAUGGUGUUUCUGUUGCUGGUAGGAAAAAAAGAGGACCAAAUAAGAGAAUGAAGGGUUCUGAGUCAUUGAAUACGAAGCCCUGGGAGCAUGUGGAUCACGUGAUCAUGAACCUACCAGCUUCUGCUCUGGAGUUUCUUGAUGCCUUUAGAGGCCUUAUCAGAAGGAGAUAUUGGAAGGGAUCUUUACCCUGGAUUCAUUGCUAUUGCUUCAUGCGGGCAAGUGAAACAGAAGACUACAUAAUUUCGGUUGCAGAGUCUGCCCUGGGAGCCAGAAUACAAAGCUCUGUAUUUCACAGGGUUAGAGAUGUUGCUCCAAAUAAGGCUAUGUUUUGUUUAAGCUUCAGAUUACCAGAAGAAACGUGCAUUGAUGAUUAAGGUUAAACCAUGAUACCCUCUCAGGGAAAGAAUCGUGAAAAAACAGAAUGCACUUUGUAGCUGGAUUUCAAGGUCGGAAGAAAUGGCACUAAUUACUCUAUACUGUCUUGAUGCGUGUAUUGGAGUGCGCUAGCCAAAAGAAUCCUGUCCUGCAGAAAGAAGAAAUGAGAUAAAACUUUGACAGCAGCAUCUACCGGCAUCCGCGAUGUUGUGCCGUCUACCAUUUUGUCUUAUCCGCUUCCUCUCACAUAACACAACAUAAACCGGAGCAGGAAACAGGAAAUGCUAUUAUAGCAUUUAUUUGCGAAAUGCUUAACGUUUUAGUUUUUCCUCUGUAUUGAUUGAGUUGAUGCAUAUUUUACUCCAGGAGUAAAUGAAAUACUUUUUAAAGUGACUAUUCUUUUCAUAUGAAAUCCAUCUUUUUUUUUUA